GCAGCCGGACCAAUCAGUUUCUGCGGAAGGGAGGUGGAAAAAAAAAAAAUCUGGCAGUGUGUUAUGGGAGCGGAUUUAACAAGUGUGUUUAAGAGUAAAGAACAACGACAGGGACUCAACAGGAAUCUCUGUUCUUAUUUGUGACAUCCGCACCGAGUCAAAAGAGCCAGUCUCCUCCUGCAAGCGUGGUGCCACGUCCUCGCUGAGAUCCCUCCACUGACCAGUACAUCUUCUCAUCAUCCCCCCACCCCCCGGAGCUGUGUCAGCGGCCUCACAUCGCACUGCUUCCCUGGUUGGCAGCAGCUCCUCUUGCACCGAGCCAGGAUGAAUGACGUCCAGGAGGCCACCUCCCCUGCAACCAGCCUCAGCGGACCGGCUACCUGUGUCUCCAAAGUGGAGCUGCGUGUGUCUUGCAAAGCUCUGCUGGACCGAGACACGCUGAAUAAAUCAGACCCAUGUGUCAUAGUUAUGGUGCAGACCAACGGACAGUGGACAGAGCUGGACAGGACAGAAGUGAUCAAGAGCAACUUGCACCCGGUCUUUGCCAAGGUUUUCUCUUUGGACUACUACUUCGAGGAGGUUCAGAAGCUGCGGUUCGAAGUCUACGACAUCCAUGGCACCCACAGCAUCGGCACCCGGGACGACGACUUCCUCGGUGGGGUGGAGUGCACCCUCGGCCAGAUCGUGGCCCAAAAGAAGAUGAUGAAGCCUUUGCUGCUGAAGUAUGGGAAAUACGCCGGCAAAUCCACCAUCACAGUUCACGCUGAGGAAAUUUCUGGCAACAACGGAUAUGUGGAGCUCUCCUUCUGUGCCAAGAAGCUUGAUGAUAAGGAUCUCUUCAGUAAGUCAGACCCAUUUUUGGAAAUAUACAGAAUCAACGACGACGCGACCGAACAGCUCGUGCACAGAACUGAGGUGAUUAAAAACAACCUGAACCCUGUGUGGGAGCCCUUCAAAGUGUCGCUCAUAUCCCUGUGCAGCUGCGAUGAGGACCGAAAGCUCAAGUGCCUAGUGUGGGAUUAUGACUCCAGGGGGAAGCACGAUUUCAUUGGCGAGUUCUACGCCACCUUCAGGGAAAUGCAGAAAAUCUCCAGUGGAAAUAAGGUGACGUGGGAUUGUAUGAAUCCAAAGUACAAACAGAAGAAGAGAAACUAUAAAAAUUCAGGAGUUGUCAUCCUCAGUGACGUUAAGCUCCACAGAGUGUAUUCCUUCUUAGAUUACAUCAUGGGAGGAUGCCAGAUUCAUUUUACGGUUGCCAUUGACUUCACAGCCUCCAAUGGAGACCCCAGGAACAGCUGCUCAUUGCACUACAUCAACCCGUACCAGCCCAACGAGUACCUGAAGGCUCUGAUAGCAGUAGGCGAGAUCUGUCAAGACUACGACAGUGACAAAAGAUUUUCAGCUUUGGGGUUUGGUGCCAGAAUCCCUCCAAAUUAUGAGGUGUCGCAUGACUUUGCCAUUAAUUUCAACCCCGAGGAUGAUGAAUGUGAAGAGAUCCAGGGGGUGGUUGAAGCCUACCAGAACUGUCUCCCCAAGAUCCAGUUGUACGGCCCAACCAAUGUCUCUCCCAUCAUUAACAGGAUAGCCAAGCUGGCAGCAGGGGACGGCAACAUUAAAGAUGCCUCUCGAUACCACAUCCUGCUCAUCCUCACGGACGGUGUGGUGACAGACAUGGCCGACACGCGUGAAGCCAUUGUGCGAGCCUCCUACCAGCCUCUCUCCAUAAUCAUUGUCGGUGUGGGCAACGCAGACUUCACAGACAUGCAGAUUUUGGAUGGCGAUGAUGGAGUCCUACGCUCACCAAAGGGAGAGCCUGUCCUCCGGGACAUUGUGCAGUUUGUGCCCUUCAGAGACUUCAAAACGGCUUCUCCCGCAGCCCUUGCCAAAUGUGUUCUGGCAGAGGUUCCCAAGCAAGUCGUGGAGUACUACAGCCAUAAGGCCAUCUCCCCCAUGUGCCCGAUAAGGGACACACCCACGCCAAUCCUCAGCUCGGUCGCCACCACCCCGACAGAAUAACUACGCCCCCUGUUCCAUGGGACCCAGCUUUGACCAUAGCUCCAGUCUGGCAAACGAAGAGGGAGAGAGAGGGCACGUGCCUCGCUACUUUGGACGAGAAGUGAAGAGAAAAAUCUUUCUAGAUGUGUUGUUGCUCAUUUAUUUCACUUUUCACUCCUAACAAAGUGUUUAUACAAGAACAGUGCGUCAGCGACUGUGGGUUAUGUUUCUCUGCUCGGUGUGGAUCCUGCACUUCUCCCUUGCCGUGCAUACUGACCAUCCAAGCUGUUUCAGGAUCAUGAAUCCUUAAUUAUGAUUUGCUUUUCCCCUAGUUUUUAUGCAUGCAAGCCAAUCCCUCAGUGCCGAUCCAUACGUUGGAUGCAGGCUUAUUAUUCCUUACUGCUCAUGAAAUUCUGCACCUCAACUAUGUGUAUUAUGUUACUUUUUCUUCUCUUCAGACAAUUUUAAAGAUGUACUGUACAGUAUAUUGUAGAAGUGAAUCACAGGAGGUAUAAAGAAGAAGUGUUGCCUUUCUAACUUUGGACAUCGACCUUCUAAAGUGCAUCUGGCUGUAGAAUUGGGGUUAUUUUGGAAUACAGACACUAUUUCCAGACAUGCAAAGAUCACAAUUUCAAAUUUCAGCAUGUCACCAUUUGACACUGGAGCAGAGUGAAUGCAAAUUCAAAAAUGAAUUGAUUUCCCCGAAUGUAUUCAGGUGAGAAAACAGCAGCUAUGGAACAAUGGUAAUAUGACUCAGUUCUGAUGCGUCCACCCCCUCAGACCUGUUUGUCUUGUGCAUCUGUGACACUGUGCGCGACAUAAUUACGUUAACAAUGUGUGAGAUUUGCUUCAGCUCGCAUUCUUCAUACGCUUUUUAGGUACGUCUAACAAGUGACAGGCAGACAGAGGACACAGUCAGGUCAUCAGCGUGCAGGAUGAAGUGGAAGAUGUCUUUGGGUCGCUGUGCAGUGACAAAAGGUUGCAAGCAGCUCUUUUCACUGAGGUUAGCUGAGAAAAGAAGAUGAGUGAUCAAACACUAUUUCUGGUCCUUUGUCUAGUGGAUAUGAUGAAAGUCGUGAAAAUCAAGCACCCUUUGUCCAUUAUUGUCGUCAUCCCUAAGCCAGUCAUCUUGCACGUAGCAUUCUGCUGUAUAUUUCAUUAUUUUCUGCCAUUUCUACUGCUUUGUACACAACUUCGUAUAUUUAAUAUAACUCAUACUCAGAAAUGUGACUGGCGAGCAUACAAAUUCAAUCAUAUGAAAGCACAAAACCCACCACAGUAAGAGCUUUAACACAUGAUCUAUAGUGGUUGCAUUUACAUUAGAAGAGUAAAGACCAUUUUUUCCACAUUUUUUAAAGGUUAAUUUCCAUAAGAAAGUAUAAAAUAUUUGCUCGUCGCUGCAAAUGUGCAUCUUCAGAACAAACUGUUCUGUGAAUCUAUUAUUUUAACGCGAGCCUGAAGGAUCGUUGUUUACUGGAAGGUCUGCAUGUGUUUUUUUCUGCUGUUCUAUUACGCUUUAAAAUGCUCCUCAUAUUUAAAAGCUAUAACCUUCACUCCUACUUACCUCGUCAGAUUGUCUCCACAGUGUUCAGACUGUAGCCUGUAACGGGUCAGAAUGUGGCCUCUGUUAAUGAGAAACAGAAGCUCUCUGAAACCAGAAAAUCCAUUUGCAGUCUAAGAUUCAGUUUUUAUUCUAAAUACCUGCAUGAAAAACUAGCAUCUAAUUAUUAUGAUUACGAAAGAAGAUUUGAUGUGUUCAAGUCACAUGCAAUUACAUCUUCACGAAAGACAAAAGAGUUGGAUGGAUGAAAUGUGUUCUGUGUUUUCAAAAGCCACCCUUCUGGCAUUUAAACCAUUUUAUCACUUACGAAAGGACCCACCCCCCAAAGCACACAUUUUUCACUGCACGUACAAACUAGAAGGGCACUUGUUGAGCAAAUACCUCUGCCAAGGCUGAUUGGCCACUUUAUCGCCAUAUUGCAUAUAUAUACGUGUAUUGAGAUCAGAUACAUCCAGACCAUUACCUGGAUCCACUCGAAAUCUGUUCAUAUAUAUUAGCAUUAUACACAUGUCUGUUUUUUGGUUUGUUUGUUUUUUUAUUAAGAUCUGUCCAAUAUUUCUUGAGAAAUUCACAAAAAUGGCAAAAGCUCAAUGUUAAAGGAAGUGAAAAAAAAAGAAUCCUUGAUCCGCCCUCUUUAUCGAAUCUACUUAAUGGGGUCCCAUGCUCCACCCUUCUACCAAGUUUAGAGAUAAUUGGUUUGCUAGUUUGUGUGUAAUCGGGCUAAACAGGAAACAAAAAUGCUCUACUCCUUUCACCACAUACAACAUAAACACAAUGUAUUGUGGUUCAUUAUUUAGUUGUUCUUUAUGUGCAGUGUGUUCUGGUAACGAAUCUACACUUUGUAUAUUUGCUUAGUGUGUUUGCAUUUAUCUUAAAUGGUGUGAUUCAUCUCUGAGUGACGCUGAACGAUGACUAAUCCACUCAGCCCGAGAUCAAGCUGUCACUGCCAUUGACUGCAUCAGGAGAGUUAGUCUUUACAUCUACUCUUCACACUUCCAUCCACCUCUCAGCUACAGAUAUUAAUCUGACCUUGAUUUGUCCCCUGGAGCUUCGGCAGCCGUUCCCAGAUACUCACUAUUGACUACACUCAUGAAUGCACUGAAACACAGCUCUUUUAAAACAUCACAGUUAUUGAGGUUUUCUCUGUCUGAGGCCUAUUGAUUUUACAGGCCUUGAAUCGGAGUCACACUCCAUCCUUAUUUGCGAGUAAUGGAAGGAGUUUGGUCUCAGGGCUGAAGCUCGGCUCCAUGUGAUUGGUUUACAAGGAGGAAAAAACAAGGAAAUACUGUUAGUAAAUGGUCUGUAUUUAUAUAGAGCUUUUUUAGUCUUGAUGACCACUUAAAGCGCUUUACGGUACAGUUUACUGCCAUUCAGCCAUUCACACACACAUUCAUACUGUGCAUCUAUGGGCAGCACUUUUUUCUAUGAGGGGCAAUUCGGGGUUCAAUAUUUGCCCAAGGAUACUUCGGCAUGCAGAUGGGGAAGACUGGGAUCGAACUGCUGACCUUCUGGUUAGAGGACAACCGGUCCACCCCCUCAGCUCUGUUAAGAUAAAUAGCAUUUGACAUUAUAGGUUAUUUAAUGUGAAAACAGGUCUUUUCUGUGCAAAGACAUAAUUGUUUUUGUAUUUACACAUUUUAAUACAGUCAUUUUAAUACAAUCUUUUAUUUCCUUCAGUGGCGAUCCAUGCGUUGGACGCAGGCUUAUAAUUCCUUACUGCUCAUGAAAUUCUGCACCUCAACUAUGUAUGUUGUUACUUUUUUCUUAUGUUCAGACAAUUUUAAAGAUGUACUGUACAGUAUAUUGCAGAAAUUAAUCACAGGAAGUAUAAAGAAGAGGUGCCGCCUUUCUAACUUUGGACAUUGACCCUUCUAAAGUGCAUGUGACUGGUUUACAAGGAGGACAUUCAAAAACAAGGAAAUACCCUGCUGGGAUAGAUAACAUCUGACAUUAUAGGCUAUUUAGUGUGAAAACUGGUCUUUUCUGUGCAGAGACGUAUUUGUUUUUGUAUUUACACAUUUUAAUACAACCUUUUAUUUUCAUACAUUCACUUGUAAAAAACAUAUAUUAUUAUUAUCUCAUUCUAAGGAUUCCUCAUUCUCAUAAGAUUUACAACACAAGAAGUGUGACCAAAAAGUUUCUCAGAUAAUUAUCACAAAAAACUUUUUCUGAAAGCCAUUAAAACCAGCUUUGUGCUUUUCAAUAAAGCUUUAGUGGCCACUCAUUCUGACUAAAUAAUGUGCGGAUAUCAACCAGCAAAUCUGUUCCUUGAGGGCAAACCGGCACAUAUUGAAAUCUAAAAGUGACUGGCACUUCUUCAGUGAUUCACACCUUGGUAAUUCACGAUUCGUCCCCCGUCACCUUAUUGCUACUUUGCCUCUGGUUAUGAGCUGCACCAGCUCGAUGGUUCAUUACCCUCUUACUCUAUGAAAUUUAAUUCCACAACAGACUACAUAGUUGUAUUCCUUUAUCUAAGAACUAAGUUUUGAGAAUUGUUUUAUUAUCUAAAAAAAAAAACACACUGAUCUGCCAAAAUGACAUUUUCUUGGUUCAAACACCUAUGUAAUAUGGGGCGCACCGAUCUGUCAUGCCUUUCUGGGGUUACCUGAAUUACAAAACAUGUUCAAUGUCUAGUGGUAAUAAAUGUUAAAAAGUGAUGCAUGGUUCUCUAACGCCUCGCCAGACGUGCUCCGAACAAAUCUCCAUCAAGACCUUCGCUGAAACUUAUUUUUGAUUAUCGUCUUUUUCAUAGCAAUCAGCCAUGUACAAAAUGCUAAAGGUGUUCAAAGAAUAUCAUUGUGUGCCUGUGUGCAAGAAACAGCUGAACCCAAGUGCUCAGCCUUGUGGUGUCAUCAUUUAAAAAAAUAUAUUCUGUGUCUUAAUGGGAACUCGUCAUUUUGUGCCGCUGUGGUGCGAACAACAAUAAGUGGAAACACUGGAGACUCGUGUGGUCUUCUUCCACUGUGGGUUUUUAAAAAACUGACGAAUCCACCAAGCUGCUUAUUUUCCCUUAUCUAUACUUGCACCAUUGUAAGACCAAAUUAACAAGUUAAAGGUUUCAUAAUGAUGUAAUUUCUCUCUCUCUCUCUCUCUCUCUCUCUCUCUCUCUCUCUCUCUCUCUCUUUCUCCCUCUCUCUCUCUCACCUAUCCACUGUUAAUCAGAACAAGGUUUACAGCCCCUGGCCCUGGCAUGCAACUGGUGCACCUGCGGGCCGGUGCGGGCGAGAAUUAAGCAGCACCGUGCAUCAUGAGUAAAUAUUUGAUUUUGUCAAAGGGAAUAAAGGGAUUUAUUGCAUGCUUACUUUUACUGUUAAGCUGUGCUGUGCAGUCAUUCCUUUGGAUUGUAUGAUAUGCUAAUAUGCAAACCUGCAUUUGCACAAACCUCUGUUCUUGUAGUUUACCCUCUCUGUCUUGCGGUUAG